AUUCCUCUCAGGAGAAUAACACAGUACAGCAACAGUGCAAAAGGGCUGCGUGUAUAUAAACUGGAUUGCUGUUGAUUGUCUCAUUUUUCAUCUUUUCUUUCUUUUUUCUUCAAGACAUAGUAAUAAGAAAAAUAUUUCGUACUGCAAUCGCACAGAGAAAUGGUCACGAUGGACGAACUUUGUGAGAUGGAUUGUAAUGUUUUGAAAAGGUUGUUGAAGGACGACACGGGGAAAUGUCUGGUGCUGGACUGCAGAUCAUUUCUAGCUUACAGCGCUGGACACAUCCAUGGUUCGGUAAAUAUCCGCUGUAACACCAUCGUGAGACGGCGAGCGAAGGGCUCGGUCAGUUUGGACCAGAUUCUUGCGGGCGAUGAGGAGGUCAAAUCCCGACUGAAAUCCGGACUCUACUCCGCCGUUAUUCUUUAUGAUGAGCGGACGCCACACGCGGACUCCAUAAAAGACGACAGCACAAUUACUUUGGUACUUAACGCAUUAUAUAGGGAUUCCUAUGGGACUGAAAUCUAUCUGCUCAAAGGGGGCUACGACAAAUUCUUCUCCGAGUAUCCCGAAUUCUGUUUAAAAACCAAAACGCUCUCCAGCAAUUCCUCCCAGUCAAGUCUCGACGCGACAGAAACUAAUUGUACUUCCUGCGGCACCCCCCAUCAUGACCAGGGUGGCCCAGUAGAAAUCUUGCCCUUUCUUUUUCUGGGCAGUGCCUACCAUGCUUCCAGGAAAGACAUGCUAGAUGCAAUGGGAAUUUCUGCCUUAUUAAACGUGUCUUCAAACUGUCCGAACCACUUUGAAGGGCUGUACCAGUACAAAUGUAUUCCAGUGGAAGAUAAUCACAAAGAGGAUAUCAGCUCCUGGUUUAUAGAAGCCAUUGAAUAUAUUGACUCUGUGAAAGACUCCAAUGGGCGGGUGCUUGUGCACUGCCAGGCAGGGAUCUCACGCUCUGCCACCAUCUGCCUGGCAUACCUGAUGAAGAAGAAACGCGUCAAGCUGGAGGAGGCCUUUGAGUUUGUCAAGCAGCGGCGCAGCAUCAUCUCACCCAACUUCAGCUUCAUGGGGCAGCUGCUGCAGUUCGAGUCGCAGGUCCUCGCCACCUCCUGCUCCGUGGAGGCGGCCAGCCCCUCGGCGGGCAGGGGCAAGUCCUCAACUCCCACCUCUCCGUUCGUCUUCAGCUUCCCUGUAUCAGUGGCAGUGCACACCCAGGCCAGCAGCCUCACGUACUUACAGAGCCCCAUCACCACCUCCCCCAGCUGCUGAUGGGGAAUAAGAACAAGUGUUGCUUGACCCGCCAAAGACUCAAAGAACUAGGCCUUCAGGACUGUGGAAUGUUCGAGCUGCGUGUGACGACGAGCAGAGUGACCGCGUCUGACUGCUGAGUCUGCGGUCAAGCAUCCUUCAUUGGAAGGAGGUGGGCAAAGAUCCUAGGAAACUGAGGACCAGUCAUUCUAGUCAGCUUGAGAAAGGAGAAGUGCUACAUGAAGUUUGACGGUAUCCACCUGCGUGAACCUGGCAUUUUGUCUUUGACUUGGUGUUCAAGCCAUUCUCUGCUUCUGAACUUUAUGUAUUUAUUUUACAUGGAAGAUGGUCACUUAUUGUGGGCUGAAUGCAUUUAAAAAACACAAAGUGAAGUAAAAAAUGUAAUUUAAUUUCUUUCCAGUUCCAAAUCGAAGGGACACAUAUAAUUUAUUAAAGAAAGCGUUAAUUUAUUUUUAAAAGCAGACUAACUAUUAAUCACACAUUUCAUUUAAAAGGACUUUUCACACUCCUCAGAAAAGUAAAAUGGUAACAUCCUCAUUUAACUAAUUAAUUGUACUUCCUUUUCAAUACCAAAGACAUGCCAUUAUUUCCAUGUGUUUAUACAAAGUACUGGAUUUUGGAGUCUCUAAUGAAAAUAACUUCAGAAUGAAACUUUGCUUUAUAAAACAGCAUAAAGAAGAAAAAGUUCAAGCAGUCAAGCACACUUUAUGUAGCACACAAUUAAAACCAAGCCUGACAGGUUUUGUGCAAACCGCUUCUUUCAUUUGCUUUUCAUUGAAUAUUGAAACUGGAAAGAAAAUUAAGUAUUGGCGCUUUGCACUGGUGAAUUUUGAUGACGGUGUGAAAUUUAAUGUCACUAGUUGGUGCCAAAUACAGAGUAAGAAGUGUGCCAUCUCUCUAAAAUACAGAAUGCUGUGCACACCAAUGGUUUUCAAUGGUAAUCUAAUAGCAGCACAGAAAAAAAAACUACAGUGCUUCCUAAAAUUGUCUGGCCCUGUGUGAAAUGUUUUUAUCUCCUGUCAGUGCCUUGUUUAAGAAGGUACCUAAAGAGUUCCUAGGGCCAGAUCUGUAUUUUGAGAUGUUUUAAGCAGGUUGCCAUUGAUAAAUACAAGAACAUAACAGUGCCCCAUGCAUGGAGCCCUCACACAAAACAAAGUCGCAUUUGAAACUUUCUGAACUGCAAUACAGACUUUAAUGAAGAUUUUCUACUUUGUUUUAAAACUUUUUUCCCCCCAAACAAAAAAAAAACAUUGUUUUUUCCCCAUGACAGAACACGAGAGGUGUACUUUUCCAAGUGUUUUCUAAUGUGUCAAUGUUUUUUCAUACCUCAUAUAUGAAGUAAAGAGACUUGAAGACUUUUGCUUUCAGCCUUAUUAAGGUUUUUAACAAGACUGAUCAAGAACUUUUCCUGGUCCAACUGACACUGCAGUGGUUGCAAUAGCUGUGUUUAAAAUGAUGUUAGAAUAUUUGGAGAACCACGGUCUUUUUGUAUCUAAAAAAAAUCGUACCACUCUAAACAAAAACAUACUACUAGUAUUUUUUUAAAAUGCAAGCAAGUGAGGACUCCCUCCCAAAAACAAUAACAAAUACUUGUGCGUGAUGUAAAACUUUGGGUAAAAAAUCCUUUUGAAUUUGCACAGAUAACCUGCAGGGCUCUUUCUGGAAUCUUGUAUUUCAUAUCUUUUCUUGCAAAAAUCUAUAAAAAAAAACAAAGCAAGGGUGGCACAAGCGCAAUUCAUGGGCUAGUGACAAAUCUCGGAGUUGUGAAUUGAAUGGCAGGGAGAGCCCAAACAAACAAUGUCGUAUUUGACUGUUGUUUUAUUGGGCCUCACAUUUCAACUAACAUAACCUUGUAUCCUGUAGCCUUUUUAAGGGUAAUACAUGCUUACGACAACGUUCAAAGGUAAAAGUACUGGGUAGAAAAAGCUUGACAAACUUUUUUUUGGGUAAAAACAUCCUCAUUCUACUGCUCAUAUUUGUCAUACAAAUAUGACAUUUUACCAGAUCUAUAAGAGAGAAAAAUAUGUUGUCUGGGUGGGUUUCUACAAUCUCAGUAUAGGAAGGAAGAAAGCAAAACUGGAAGCCAAGGUUGGUGGUUGGGUGACUUUGUUUUCAUUCGCUUCAGUCCAUGUAAAUGGCAACAUUCCCGGUAGGAUCAUUUCCCGGGCAACGAUUCAAAAUUAAAGUGAUAGCGUGGCUCAUACCUAAUCUCUUUUCGCACCUAAAAAAAGAAUCUGAACUGAGGUCAAUGCUAUCCAUAGUAGCUACAAAAUGUGAUGGGGGUUUGCCCAGGAAGCUCAGUAGAGGUAGGAGGAUUUGUCUAGUGUCUGGAAAACAAAAAUGCACAGUGCUGUCUAUGAAUCUAUUUCAUAUAGAACAUUUGCCAUUCAGACAAAUAAGGUAAUCCCUAAAAACAGAGGACCAUUCAUCACAUUCAAAUCAGCUUCAGAAGUAUUAAAAUGGUUUAGAGAGGAGAUAAGUGACACAGAGAGUGAUAUCUAUUCCUGAGAUGGAUCUUUUAGAUUUUUAAAGAGACACAGCUCUGUACAAAAACUGUUUAAUAACUAAAAUGCACUAGUCAUUGCCUUGCAGUGAACAGAAUGACUACAGAGCCUGGGAGGACUUGUAAAUAUUAGCCAAAAAAUGAUGAAUCGUUGUCAAUGGUGUGUCUUUUGCCUCUGGAUCAAGGAAAAGCUCCUGGUCAUUGAUGCUAAAACACAGAGGAGGUUACUUUGUCAAGAAUGUGGGCACCUUUUUUAGAGCACUUUUAAAGUGAUGCAAUACUGUAGUAAAAUGUAUGUUUAAUUUGCACUGCGUGAUUGUCAUUUCUAUUAAGAAGAAUAGACAACUUUUUUACACCCAUUUGUUAAGUGUUUUAGUCUCAAUGAUAAAACAAGAUGUACAAUUGUUAAUAAUUACAGAACAAUGCAAUACUUUAUACUUGUCUGUAGUGAAAUUUUAGUUAUUGUCAGACUUCUCAUGGCAAUAUUAUUUGUAUCAAUACAGUUUUCACUUCCCCCCA